AUGCGGCUGCGGCUCGGGCAGGUGCUGCCGGCGCUGUGCCUCGGCGCCGCCUUUCCCCUGCUGUGGUUCGCGCUGUGGCGCGGCAGCCCAGGAAAUGACUUAGAUACGUACGAACAGCAGCUGCUGGAACUUCAGCAAAGACUGUUGCAUGCUGACAUGGAAAACAAAAAAAGAUCACAUGAACUGAGCAGUGCCCUAGAUGAAAUCAAAAAUAUAGCUGCAAGAGGAAUGAAAAUGACAAAAAAUCACACAGGUUGGAAAGAGUUAACCCUGCCCAGAAAACUCCCUGUGCACCUUACAAAUAUCUACUACUAUCUCCCUCACCUGCAAGAAUAUGAAGAUGCAAUUUUCCCAAAUGUUAUUUUUGGGCAGCAGAGAACUGGAGUCUCCCUGGUGAUGGGUAUUCCUACAGUGAAAAGGAAAAAACAAAAUUACCUGAUUGAUACUCUGCAUUCCCUGCUGUACCAACUCUCUGAGGAGCAGAAGAGGGACUGUGUAAUAAUCAUCUUUGUAGCAGAGGUGGAUGCAGAGUAUGUUAAGAGUGUAGCAGAAAGUGUUAAAACCAGCUUCCCCAGAGAAGUCCAGUCUGGAGUCCUGGAGGUUGUUUCUCCUUCUGCUUCCUAUUACCCAGACCUUUCCAACCUGCCGAAAACACUCGGAGAUUCUGAGGACCGAGUAAGGUGGAGAACUAAACAGAAUUUGGACUAUAGCUUUUUAAUGCUGUAUGCUCAGCCUAAGGGAACAUUUUAUUUACAGCUGGAAGAUGAUAUUAUAGCCAAGCCUGAUUUUGUUGAGAGCAUAAAAAGCUUUGCUGCUCAGCAGUCCCAAGAUUGGAUGGUUCUUGAGUUCUCACAGCUUGGAUUUAUUGGAAAAUUGUUUAAAUCAGAAGACUUACCACAAAUAGUGGAAUUUUUUCUCAUGUUCUAUAAGGAUAAGCCUAUAGACUGGCUCAUAGACCACCUGCUCUGGGUUAAAGUGUGCAAUCCAGAGAAGGAUGCAACACACUGUGAGAAGGAAAAGUCAAAGUUGCGUGUCCGUGCUAAGCCAUCUCUCUUUCAGCACAUGGGAACCUUUUCAUCCUUGGCUGGGAAGAUACAGAAUUUGAAAGAUAAAGAUUUUGGAAAAAUGUUGCUACAUAAAGCACAUAAUAAUCCACCCGCAAAAGUGGACACGAGCCUAAAAAUAUAUGAGCAAUAUACCCUGGAAAAAGUUUACAAAGGACAAGACUGUUUUUGGGCCUUAGCUCCAGUGGCAGGUGACUACAUCAGGUUCACAUUUUUAAAUCCACUAGAAGUUGAAAAGUACUUGUUCAGAAGUGGGAACGUGGAGCACCCUGGUGAUAAACUGUUUAACACCACUGUGGAAGUGCUGCCAGCUGAUAAAACGCUAAGAAAAGAAUUGAUUCACAAUGGAAGUAAAUUUAACUACCCAGCAACCAAAGACGGAUAUUUAAAAAUAGGGGCUUUUGAAAAUGGCACAGCAGAAGGCAGCAUCAGCCAGGCAGUAGGAAGAAUAGAGGCCAUUCGUUUAUCAGUCAGCUCUGACUCUCCAGUCUGGGCAAUACUCAGUGAGGUACUUAUCAAGACAUCUGAAAACUGA